UGAGGUGUACUCAACAUUGUUAUUAGAAUUAAUUUGUUGUUCUUUUGGCAGACCUAAAAGUUUUAUUGAAAUAAUAAUACAAACCAAUUAUCAAUUAGUUUCUUGAUAUGUUCUAAAUAUUUAAGAUAAUUAAAAAUUUCCCGAUAGUUAUGGAAAAGCGAACUUUAUUCAACCAGUAUACCGAGUUGUUUUUAACCAUAAUUUUCAUUGGAGCGGUAGCUUUAAUGAUGCCGGUAUCAGCGGAAAACGUGUCGACUGCAGAGGUAAAAGAAUCGUUGCAGAUAACUGGCAAAAUGUAUUCAAACAUGUUUGUCCGAAAACGCGAAGAACAGAAACAGGUCGUAAAACGUCUUGCUUCCACUGAUGAAUAUUCGAAGAAAUAUGACCUACUACAGCUUGCCCUGACGGAGAUAAUGCGAAUAAUUGUAGAGGAAGGAAUCAAACUUCGUGAGAACAAUAUCAAUAACGGAUCAGACUUUCCCAAAGACACGAAACUAAUAGAAGCAUUUGCACGUUUUGUGGAAAAUACAUGUUUCUUUGCAGAGUUAGUGCUACGUCUGCCCGAUAUGUCGUACAGAAUUCUCAAAGGUAUCAAUGGAUGGAGAUACCUGGUGAUAGACGCUUUAAACUAUUCUCGUAGUUUCGAAACUAUACUUGACCCUAAAUCACAAGAAUUGUUGGGUUUACUAGAACAAGAGUUAGACGAAAGCAAACGGACCGAGAGUUACGUGAAUCCUUAUCGGGAAGACAAACAGCAUUCGGCACAAAGAUUGAAAAAGAAAAAACCGAAGGCGAAGAAAGGGCCACAAUUGACGGGUUAUAUAUCUAAAACUGAGCUUUGACUAUCUUAAGUAAGUGCUUCCGUUUAUUGGUUUAAAAGUUUUGUUUUACAUAAUA